CCAGCUGAAGACAUAAUUGUGCUGUAAGAGUUGUUGAGCAUUCAUUUAUAAAAACAGAUGAAUUUCAUGAAUUAGACAUUACACCAUCAAUGGAAGGCCUCAAAAUACCUUUCUUAUUUUCCUCUUUUUUUUCCAUCUUAAUAAUCUCCAACGCAGUAGACAUCAUAACCAAAACCCAAUCUGUUACAGGCAACAAUACCAUUGUUUCAUCUGGUGGAAGCUUUGAGAUGGGUUUUUUCAGCCCGGGCAAUUCCGGGAAUACAUACUUGGGAAUAUGGUACAAGAAAAUAUCUGUCCAGACUGUUGUAUGGGUUGCCAACAGAGAAAUCCCACUCGUCAAUUCGUCAGGCGUCUUAACGAUAAUCGACCCUGGAAUUCUUGCCCUUGUCGAUGGUACCGGCAGUGUCAUUUGGUCUCCCAAUGUUACAGGACCAGUUGCACAACUUAUGGAGUCAGGAAAUCUUGUGGUGAAAGAUGCCAAUAAUAAUAUUUUGUGGCAAAGUUUUGAUUAUCCAUGCGAUACUCUUUUACCAGGCAUGAAGCACGGAAAGAACUUUGUAACGGGAAUAGAUCGCAUGCUCUCGUCCUGGAAGAGCAGCGAUGAUCCAGCUCGAGGUAAGUGUACAUACCGGUGUGAUCCUCAAGGAUACCCACAAAUUAUUAUGAGCUGUGGUUCUGUUGAGGUGUUCCGAACUGGACCAUGGAAUGGCCUCGGAUUCAGUUAUCUAAACCUUAAACUAAAUCCCAUCUACACAUAUGAAUUGGUUUACACCAAGGAGGAGGUGUAUUUUCAUUAUCAACUCGUCAGCUCAGUUGUUUCAAGGCUUACUCUGAAUCAGAAUGGCGUUGCACAGCGCUGGACAUGGGUUGAUCGAAGCCAGGAAUGGGUCAUUUACCGGUCUGCACCAACAGAUGCUUGUGAUACCUAUAAACUCUGUGGCCCGAAUGGUAACUGUAACAUUGGAAAGUCGCCGCUAUGUGAUUGUUUGAGUAAAUUUGUGCCCCAGAACCAAACAGAAUGGAUAAGUGGAGAUUGGUCUAAUGGGUGUGUUCGGAGGACAAUGUUAGAUUGCCAUAAUGGAGAUGGCUUUCUCAAGUAUUCGCACUAUAAAAUGCCGGACACACGGUACUCCUGGUUUGACAAGAGCAUGACCUUAAGGGAAUGUGAGAUGCGGUGCUUGAAAAACUGCUCAUGCAUGGCUUACACAAGUUUAGACAUAAGCGGAGGUGGAAGUGGCUGCUUGCUUUGGUUUGAUGAGUUGAUUGAUAUGAGACAGUACAGUGAUAAUGGGCAAGACAUUUACAUAAGGAUGGCUUCCUCUGAAUUAGUCCAACAAGUUGGCUUCAAUGGAAAGAAAAGAGAGAUAGUGGCAGUGAGCUUGGCAUUAUUAAUUGGACUUCUUCUGCUGGGUGUGAGCUUAACCUGUUAUCUCCGGAAAAAGAAAAGGAAGAAUUCACAGCUGAACAGAGAAGGAAAUCUGAUGCAAAACUCUAAACAAGGUUACACUGACAAAAGCCAGAAUGAUGAUCUGGAGUUACCAUUGUUUGACUUAACAGUAAUAGCUAAUUCCACAAAUAACUUUUCAAUCAACAAUAAGCUUGGAGAGGGUGGAUUCGGGCCUGUUUACAAGGGUAUGCUAGAAGGGGGACAAGAAAUAGCCGUGAAGCGGCUCUCAAAGAAUUCUAGCCAAGGGCUUGAUGAGUUUAAGAAUGAAGUUAUCUGUAUUGCCAAACUUCAACACCGAAAUCUUGUGAAACUUCUAGGAUGCUGCAUUCAAGGAGAAGAAAAGAUGUUGAUCUACGAAUACAUGCCCAACAAAAGCCUGGACUACCUCAUUUUUGAUCAAACCCAAAGCGGAUUACUGGAUUGGCCAAAGAGGUUCCACAUUAUUAAUGGGAUUGCACGAGGGCUUCUUUAUCUUCAUCAAGAUUCCAGACUGAGAAUUAUUCACAGAGAUCUCAAAGCUAGCAAUAUUUUGCUAGAUGUUGACAUGAACCCAAAAAUAUCCGACUUUGGAAUGGCUAGAAGUUUUCGAGGAAAUGAGACAGAAGCAAAUACAAACAGAGUGGUCGGAACAUAUGGCUACAUGUCUCCAGAGUAUGCAGUGGAUGGAUUGUUUUCAAUAAAAUCAGAUGUAUUCAGCUUUGGCGUUUUGGUGCUAGAGAUUGUAAGUGGGAAGAAAAAUAAAGGUUUUUAUCAUCCAGAUCACCACCUCAACCUCCUUGGUCAUGCAUGGAGACUCUACAAAGAAGGUAGAUCAUUGGAAUUGAUUGAUGAGGCUACAUGGGACUCAUGUUACCUAACUGAAGUGUUGCAAUCAAUACAUGUGGGUCUUUUAUGUGUGCAACAAUAUCCACAGGAUAGGCCAAGCAUGUCAUCUGUGGUUCUGAUGUUGGGUAGUGAAGGUGCAUUGCCUCAGGCCAAACAACCUGGCUUCUUCACUGAAAGGAAUGUUCUUGAGGCUGCUGGUUCUUCAGCCAAUGAAGUGACCAUUAGUCUGUUAAAUGCUCGAUAGAAACACACUGUAUUGAUGCAAAUUAUAUGCCCCAAAACCUGUUUAAAAAAAAUAAAAAUCUAUACUGUUGUGAAAGACUACAACAUUUCUUUUCAUUUACUGGGUUAAGUUUUAUAAACCUGUUCCUCUUUUAGAAGUUCAAGGUCUUUUAGUUAGAUUUGAUACCAUGUACAAUUUGAAAGCUUAAUAAGUUUCUUGUUGCAACA